AUGCCAGCAGUUCCUAUUGAACGUCCAAGUUUACCAACAGAAAUGCGUGAUGCAUUGAAAAAACAUGUUUUACGUGAAAGACAAAGAAAAAAAGAAGAAGCUGAUGCAAAUGAAGCCGAUAAACAAAGAAGACGUGAAGAAAAGGUUUUUUUUUCAUAGUGUUCUUUAAUCUUUUUUUCAAGUCUAAAUGAACUUGUUCAAAUACAGCUGGACGACA